AUGGCGGCUGGUUCCAGGAAAAAGAUUGCAGUUGUGGGCCUGGGUAUGGUCGGGAUUGCUUUCAUAGAAAAGCUCCUCAAACUCGACGCUCGCGCCCGGGAGUACGACAUAACUGUCAUUGGCGAGGAAAAGCACCUCGCCUACAACCGCGUCGGUCUGACCUCCUUCUUCGAGCACCGCAAGGUCGAGCAGCUCUACCUGAACCCCCUGUCCUGGUACGAGGGCCAUGUCGGCCCAGACAAUGCAUUGGGGUGGCAUCUCAACAAGACUGUCACAGACAUCAACAAGGACCGGAAGACUGUCACUUGCGCGGAUGGCUCCGAAGUCGCCUACGAUAUCCUGGUGCUAGCGACUGGUUCGAAUGCCCUAUUACCCCGUUUUAUACCCGGCCACGAUGCGAAUGGCGUGUUCGUCUACAGAACCAUUGAUGACCUGGAGAAACUCAUUGCCUUCUCCUCAACAAAAGAGGGAACGUAUGGUGCUGUUAUCGGUGGCGGACUGCUGGGCCUCGAGGCCGCCAAGGCCAUGAUGGAUCUGAACACCCUGAAGCAGGUCAACGUUAUCGAGCGCAGCCGCUGGGUCCUGUCCCGCCAACUCGACGAGGAGGCCGGCAGCAUGGUCGUCGAGCAAGUCCGCAAUCUCGGCGUAGAUGUGCUGUUGAGCAAGCGCGUGGACAAGAUCGAGGUCGACGACGACAACUUCGUCACGGGGGUGCGGUUCGAGGACGAUGUACUCAUGCCGUGCAGCAUCGUCUGCUUCGCCAUCGGGGUGCGGCCGCGGGACGAGCUGGCCCGCAAGGCAGGGAUCAAGUGCGCGGACCGCGGUGGUGGCAUCAUCGUGGACAACGACCUGAGGACUAGCGAAGAGGACAUCUACGCCAUCGGGGAAUGCGCCUCAUGGCAGGGCGAGGCUUUCGGGCUGAUCGCGCCCGGUGUGGAGAUGGCCGAUGUGCUGAGCUUCAACCUGACGCAGGCAAAACAACACACGCCGAGGGCAUUCAAGAGGCCCGACCUGAGUACGAAGCUGAAACUGCUAGGCGUGGAGGUCGCCAGCUUUGGUGACUUUUUCGCGGACAGGGACGGGCCCCAGUCCCUACCUCCCAAAGUGGCCGCAAGGAAGAAGAAGCAGCAGGAGACGAACGGCGACACGAACGGCGACACGAACGGCAGGACAAAAGACGUGAGGCUCCUCACAGAUGGGCUUCCGUCACCAGAAGUGAAGGCCCUGACGUAUAAGGACCCCUUCCAGAAUGUGUACAAGAAGUACAUUUUCACCAUGGACGGAAAAUACCUCCUGGGAGGCAUGAUGAUCGGCGACACCAAAGACUACAUCAAGCUCCUGCCAAUGGUCAAGAACCAGAAAGAGCUUGAGAUGCCACCCUCAGAGCUCAUCCUCGGGGCCAAGCAAGGCGACAACGACGGCGCAGACGACCUGGCCGACGACACGCAGAUCUGCUCCUGUCACAACGUGACCAAGGGAGAUAUCGUCAACGUGGUAAAAGACGGCACGUGCAAGUCAAUCGGAGAGGUCAAGUCGUGCACCAAGGCAGGUACGGGCUGCGGGGGCUGCAUGCCACUGGUGCAGUCCAUCUUCAACAAGACGAUGGUGAGCAUGGGCAACGAGGUCAAGAAUAACGUGUGCCCUCACUUCAACUACAGCCGCGCGGACCUGUACAACAUCAUCAUGGUCAAGCGCCUCAAGACGUUCCCGCAGGUCAUGAAGGACUCGGGCAUCGACGCCGACAGCGUCGGGUGCGAGGUGUGCAAGCCCACGGUGGCGAGCAUCUUCGCCAGCCUGUGGAACAAGCACGUCAUGGACAAGCCUCACCACGGCCUGCAGGAGACGAACGACCGGUUCUUGGGCAACAUCCAGCGCAACGGCACGUUCAGCGUCGUCCCCAGGGUCUCGGCCGGCGAGAUCACACCGGACAAGAUGAUCGUCAUGGGCGAGGUUGCGAAGAAGUAUGGCCUGUACACCAAGAUCACGGGUGGCCAGCGGAUAGAUAUGUUUGGCGCAAAGAAGCAAGACUUGCUCGACAUCUGGAAGACGCUUGUUGAUGCUGGCAUGGAAAGUGGCCACGCAUAUGCCAAGUCCCUGCGGACGGUCAAGAGCUGUGUUGGCACGACAUGGUGCCGAUUCGGUAUAGGCGACAGUGUCGGGAUGGCAGUGCGGCUUGAGGAGCGUUACAAGAGUAUCCGGGCUCCGCACAAGAUCAAGGGAGGUGUGAGUGGCUGUGUGCGUGAAUGUGCGGAGGCGCAGAACAAGGACUUCGGACUCAUCGCCACAGAGAAAGGCUUCAACAUCUUCGUUGGAGGCAACGGCGGCGCAAAACCCAAGCAUUCCGAACUCCUCGCCAAGGACGUCCCACCAUCAGAAGUCAUCCCCAUAUUAGAUCGAUAUCUCAUGUUCUACAUCCGCACAGCAGACAGGUUACAGCGCACAGCCAGGUGGCUCGAGGGCCUGCCCGGCGGUAUCAAGUAUCUCCGCGAGGUUGUCCUCGACGACAAGCUAGGCAUCAACGAGUCCCUCGAGGCACAGAUGGCCGAGCUGGUAGAUUCGUUCUUUGACGAGUGGGCAGAGGCCAUCAAGAACCCGGCGAUAGCGGCCGAGUUCAAGCAGUUCAACAACACCGAGGAGAACAUCGAGAACAUGGAGAUCGAGCGCGACCGGGACCAGCCGCGGCCCGUGUUCUGGGCCAAGGAGCCGGCCAGGGACGACUUCAAGGGCCUCAAGGAGAAGUGGUCGUCGACGACCUGGCAGCCCGUCAUCGGCGCGUCGCACUUUGACGGCGCCGACAGCCUGCCCAACGGCAUCUCGGCCACCAUCAAGCGCGGGGACACGCAGCUGGCCGUGUGGCGCAUCCGGGGGAAGUACUACGCCACCCAGCAGAUGUGCCCGCACAAGCGCUCCUUCGUGCUGUCGGACGGCCUCAUCGGCGACGAGAAGGCCGAAGGGGCGGCCGCCCCGUGGGUCUCGUGCCCCAACCACAAGCGCAACUUCGACCUCGCCGGCGGCGCGUGCAAGAACGACAGCGAGCUGUCCAUCGCGACGUUCGGGGUCGAGGAGCGCGACGACGGGCUCGUCUACCUCAAGCUGCCGCCGGUGGAGGAGCUCGACGCCGCGCUCGGCACGGCCAAGUGGAGGGUCAAGAAGGGCGAGGGCGAGGGCCAGUUCGCCGAGCUGGACAAGAAGAUACACUUUGUGGGCACCAGGGCCAAGAAGCCCGGCGUCAAGCCCCAUGUCGAGCUGCCUAUGAAGAGGCCGGUCGAGCUGAUGUCUGGUGGCUGUGGAGGCGCUGGGCUGGAUUGGUAA